GUUUCUCUCUCCAACGCCCCACCCCCGUUUCGCAACCAAAAUUUUCUAGGCGGGAGAGGGAGAGAGAGAGGAGUUGCCCUGCGGCCAUGGCGGAGGCUCUAGCCCUAGACCCCGCGCAGGACCCCGACGCGCCCCUCGAUGCGGCCGCCAUCCGGAGCCGGUUGGAGCAGCUCUCGCAGUCGCGGAGGGGAGGGGAGGAGGCUCCGGCGGCGGAGGAGGCGGACGCGGUGCCGGGUUUGGGUUUCGAGUACGAGGUGGCUUUACAAGCGGUGGACGAGUGGGACUCGAACGCCGCCGCCAUCGCAACCGAUGAUCUCGAUGCAUACCUGGAAUGGUUGAGAAAGGAGGUAAGCUUGGCAGAGGAGAAGAACCAGAAGUUAUUUGAUGAGAUUGGUGUCGUUGGAGAGACAGCGGACAAUGAUAUGAUUCAGCUGGAUGCUGAUAUUGAAGCACUGGAGUCUUCAUUGUGGAAGCUUGAUUCAAAUGGUUUGAGCCAUUUGGAAGGAACUCCCGUUGCUGGGUUGUCAGACUCAACUGAUUCAUGCAGAAAUCAAAGCAAUGUUGACAAGGACUACAAGUAUGAGGUGUUGGAACUUGAUCACCAAGUAGGAAAAAGUGAUGUGGGCCUUAAAUUGUUACAAAAUCUGCAAUGUGUUAAAACAUGGUGGCAAUUGGAAUCUAUGUUAUCCGAAGCAAAGGUCUUAGACUUUAAAGACAACUGUCUCAGGGUGUCCUUGAAGGCACCUAUACUGACACCGGACUAUCUAAUUUAUGGACAACUGUUGGAUUGUUCUGUUGAUGAAUCAUUUGUUUCAAACCAUGAGUUGCUGAUAGAAGUUGAUGGAAAUAUGGAACCAAAGAAAGUACAGAUCUUUCCCAGUGAUGUGUGUGUAGAUAAAUUGAUUGAGAGGCUCAAGUCCUCCAGAGAGAUCACUUCUGCUCCAUCCUUGGGAUGGCUGAUUCGGCAAUUUCAACACCAAAUUAUUAUCAACACUCUAAGACGAUCAUUGGUGAACGACGCUAAUAAUUCCAGACAUUCUUUUGAGUACGUUGACAAAGAUGACACAAUUGUAGCUCACUUGGUUGGUGGUAUUGAUGCCUUGAUAAAGAUAUCUGGAGAUUGGCCACUGUCUUCCAAUGGUUUGAAGUUAAUCUCAAUCCGCAAUUCAGGGAACCAGCAAAUGCAUAUAACUUUCAGUUUGCUUUGCAAAGCCAAGGAACUGGCCAAUGGGUUGGAGCUUGAGACUCGCCGACAUCUUGUAAGAUUUAUCGAUGCUGUUGAAGAUAUCCUUGUCCGAGAGAUGCAGUCAGAGCUCCGUUCCGCUACCAUGUCUAGUUAGGUUCGUGCCCUGGGUUCUUGUCAUUCCAUCACCUUGAUGGCAGUAAUUGAGUACCGAAAUAUUUUGGUUUUGGGAUUUCGCAUCUUCAAUCUCGGGUGAUCUUGUAGUUCACAUGUUGUUUCCAUUCGGUAAUGUGUAUGCAUGAAGAAAAUGAGUACCGAGUACUGAACA